AUGUUGGCACGAACACCCGCGCCCACACCCCAUGCAUCUCCUCGCAGCAGCUUCCCAACCUUCCACCACUAUGCACCAGCGCCAUCUCCGCAUUGCUCCUCUCCUCGGCUUCCGGCGGUCGCCAAGUGUCGCCGGCAGUCCACCUCGCCCGCAGCUCCAAUAACCUCUUCCGCCGCAUCGCCGCCAAAGCGCUAUGUAGCCGUCGACGCUGCCACCCAGUACUCGCCUUUGGAGCCUAUGGACUACGCGACUGGUGCAUUGCUCCCGCCGCGAGUACCACCACUUUCCAAACCCGACCAACCGCAACACGCAUCCAAAUCCAAGCAGCGCGACGCAAUGCCUGCCCCCGAGGAGCACCCUGCCGCUGCCGCGCAGCCGCCGCCGCCGCGGCCCUCUAAGAUGGUGCCUCCCGGCACGAAGCAGCGCAUUGAUUCUCCGCCCCUGACCGCGUCGCCGUCGAAGCGGAGAAAUUCCCAAGGCCCUGGCAGCAGCGCGAGCGCAUUGGCGAGCGACACGGUUCAAAACACCUCGACAGUCGCCAAACGGCCCAAGCCCGACGCGGCUCCCCCCAAAAUUCUGCCUCUGCGAUACGAACACUGCCCCGUGGAGGACAUGGUAGUACUCAUCGCCCACAUGCUUGGCGAACUGAUUGAGACCAAUGACUCUCUUGCCCUCAAGUCGGGGCAUCUCACCCGAUUCCACUCCCGAACUGCUCCGGGCAUCUCAGUCCUGGAUUACCUUCACCGCCUCGCGAAGCACGCCACUCUGACCCCUCCCCUUCUCCUCUCCAUGGUCUACUAUAUUGACCGCUUGUGCGCGCUAUACCCCGACUUCACCAUCAACACGCUCACGGUUCACCGGUUCCUGAUCACUGCCGCCACAGUCGCGGCCAAGGGCCUGUCGGAUGCCUUUUGGAACAACUCGACCUACGCUAGAGUCGGGGGCGUGAAGGUGGCCGAGCUCAAGAUGCUGGAGCUCGAGUUCCUGCACAGAGUCGACUGGAAGAUCGUGCCGAACCCUGAAGUCUUGGUCGCUUAUUAUGCUGGCCUUGUUGAGAGGUGCCCCGGCUACGUGCUCGAGGGUACGGAAAGCGAAGAAGUUGUCGACAGCAGCGACGCCGUGGAUGACAGUGAUGAACUUGACGACGACGACGGCAUUGUCGAAGGACAAGAGGAGGCGGCCGGAAGCGGUUCGCAGAUUUAG